AUGAAUAAUAUUCAAAUCCCAUUUUUCUCUUUACAAUUGAUUCACUCUACAGCUAUGAAAAGUGACAUAUUAGAGAGUUAUUUUACUUCAUUUCAUAGAACAUUUUUAGAAAGAACACAAACUCGAAAUACCACAUUUUAUGAACUAACCAAUGAAAAUGAAGAUAAAGGAAAUUUAAAUAUAUCAAGACGGUUUGGCUCAUUCAAAACAUUACACCUUACUGUUACUAGCAAUAAUAAUCCGUUAUUUUUAUUUGAUGAAAAUCAAAUUAUAAAUGAAGAUAAAGUACUACAAAUUAGACCACCAAUUAAUGAUGCUUCAUGUAUAACUUACUGGAAUUCAAUCUAUGGAGAGUAUAUAAUUAUUGGACAAACAACUGGGUUUAUAUCAUUUGUUGAUUUAAAAGAAGGAGGGGUAGUUAAAACAAUUAGAAUUGUAGCUUCAAGAAUUUCUUCAUUAAAAGUAGUCAAAACUACAAUUGGGUAUCAGUUGAUAAUCAUUUCUGAACAUGAUAAACAACAAGAAAUUACAUUGUUAUUACUCCAAAAACAAAAUAAAAGUAUUUUUGAAGUAAAUUCAACUUUUAUUCCAGUGGCAAUUGGAGUGUUUGAUUUAGUUUCAAUGAAUGAAAAUGAAAUUAUUUGUUAUUCUAAAGAAAACAAUGAAAUUGAUACUUUUACAAUUGACACAGACCGUUAUGUUCACUCAUACACUUUUGACCUUAAAGGUAUUAAAAAUGAUAUUGUUGGUAUAUUCCAUACAAAUGAAACAAUUAUUUUAUUAGUAAUAAAAGUUAUUAGUAGAUGUAAAGUAUUAAACGUAGAAAUCUAUUCAACUUAUUCAUUUAUUUCACAUAACCCAUUACUUAUUCAAACAAUUGAAAUACCUUAUGAAUAUGUUAUUGGAAUUUAUCCAAAUAAGUCUAUAUCAAGUCAUAUUAAAUACAAUGGUUUAGAAACAUUAAAAUAUUUAGAUGGAAUAUUUAUUUGUACAAAAUAUUCUGUUUAUAGAAUUGACCCAAUGAUGUCUCUUAAUGAAAUAUUAGAAACAGAAUUUUUGAGACGUCCAGUUGAACGAUGGAAAGAUUUAAUUCCAAUAAUCAAAUCAUUUUCUAUUCCAACAUCUUUCUUCAUCUAUUUAUCAAAUAAACUUCCUAUUGAAAAAGCAUAUUAUUUAAUUGAACAUCAUCCAAAAUUAUAUAAAAAUUUAUUCAUUAGAUUAGUGAAGGAAAAUACAACUAUAGAAUAUUGGGACAAAUUAACAAAUAUACUUCUUCCAUUGGCAGAUGGUAAUCCAAACAUUUCAAGUGAUUUAUUAAAUAUAUUCAUUGCAAAAGCAUAUAAGUUUAAUGAACAUAUAGAUACUACUUUCAUUGAAUAUAUUUUAAAUAAUCAACACAUUAAUUUUAAACAAGCAGUUACUAAACUAUAUAAGGAUAAAAGAUAUAUUUCAUAUAUUCUAAAAAAAAGUGAUAGAUAUGCAGUUGAAUUAUAUUGUAGUUAUAUUCAUUCUUUAUUAAUAAAACCUACAUUUGAUUGGAUUAAUGAAGCAGUACAAAGAGAUGUUAAAAUUUCUAUUCCAAUUUGUUCAACACCACAAUUAUUAACUUCACUUUCUAUUCAUGACCAAUUUCAAUUAUUAAAAAAAGCAUUACAGAAAGAACCAAAAUUUAUUCUUGUUACUUCAUUAAGAAAUAUCAUUGAUUCAUUGAAUGAAAGUGAUUUAUCUGAUUGUCUUCAAAUAGUUGAACCAGGAAUGAUGUAUAAUUGUAUUUGUCUUGGAAAUGAUGGAAUAGAAGAUAUAUUAAAAAAUAUUAGAAGUAUUAUAAUUAUUAAACAAAAUAUCAACCAUUUAAAUAAUGACUAUGAUAAAUGUUAUUCAUUUUUUGAUUCUUUGUUUAGUAAAACAAAAGCAAAUUUCAAUGAAGUUUAUGAAUAUUUAAUUCUUAAAGAAUAUUACUUUGCCUGUGCUGUUUGUUUAGUGAUGUAUAAACAACACCAUUUAGCAAUUGAACUUCUUCUAAAACACAUGGAAGUGUUGCCAAGUAAAGAGGAUGUUCUGCAGUUAGUUAUGAAACUUUCAUUAGAGAUAGAAAAUAAAGAAUACCAAAUUGAUCUUUUUGAUAAAUUCCUUCGUUUGUCUGUAGAAUUAGAUAUUAGUUCUAAGGUGUUCAAUCAAAUUCUAAAAGAUCAAUUUAAAGCAAAUUCUUCUUUUGUGGUAAAAUAUUUUUUAGAUGUUACUUUUAAAGAGCCAACCGACCCAGCAUAUGAACCACUAUUAUAUAAAAUAGAACCAUCAAUUCUUUCAAAAUUUGAACAAAUUAAAUAUAGAAAUAAAAAUACUAUUCUUGAAGAUGGCAAAGUACUUCAAUUACAACUUUUAUCUUCACUAAAUAAAUCUAUAGAUUUUUCCGUUCAAACAACUGUCAAGCUAUUAGGAGAACAUGAACAUUUUGUUGUGUGGUGUCCAAAACAACAUUCUUUUGAUUUAGAAACUUUAGAAGAAAUAAUUAAAGAGUUUCAAUUAAAAUAUUCAACAAAUAAAGUAGUAAAAGAGUUAAUUGACCUUUAUCACCAUUUUAAAACAAAUGAUAAUAAAGGAAAAUUAAUUUGUCCUUUCUGUUUGAAGCACACUUUAACAAAAUAA